CUCGCUAAGAACACAUCUUUAAACAGAUAAAAAAUCUCUAUUCGAAAACAUGCCCUCCCUCCUCUCCACCAAUGUGCAUUUCUAUGUGUGCUCCAACCUACACAAGAACCACUUAGGCCAUCAUCAGAUAGUAGGAACUAAAUGCUUUCGCCCCAAGAAGAGCGAUCGACGACAUGUACGGCGAUGCGUUAAAGCUUCGUGGGGAUUAGGAGAUGAUGAUUUGCGAACCUUAAAGCGGAUCAUACGACUCCAAUCCGCCAUUAGGAAUAGAAGCGUCAAAGAUUUUGUCGAAUUGAUCGCCGACGAAUGCAAGUACAUUUGUGCUUCUCUCCCUGCGUUCCACCUCUCGCAAUUAGGCAAGAAAGUGUUUGAGUUUUUGCUGCUUAUGAUGAUGCGGAGCGAUUUGAUGUUUGUGAUCAAACCGUCGGCUGAUCACGGCGUAGAUGUCGGUGUUAGAAUGGUCGCAGCAUGGAGUGAGGACAACUUGCCUAUCGGAUUUGGCUUAAACGUCUACACAUCUCACGUCUACGAUGGGGUGGUGUUUAUUAAGAAAGCAAAUACUGUUUUGGAGCCGUUGCUGCGUCUAAAAGAACUUCCAUCAGUAAGCAUCAGGGGACCCCUUAAAGGCCAAAAGCAAAGUGUACAAAAUGAGAAAAACUAGAAAAUUGGAGGAAAUCCUACUGUCGUUGAUUGGUAAGAUGGUGCCUGAGGAUAUGCUUGAAGGGAAGAGGAAGGAGAUUUUUAUGUACUGUUUCCUUGGUCUCGUUGUCAUGGCGAUAUCCUACGUGUUGCUGAAAGGCACAUAGAUUCUUUCAGGAAUCUUUCAGAUUUUAUUGUAGACUUGUAUAGAAUGUUUUUUAUUUAAAUAACAAGUUCAUAAGCAUUCUCCCUUAA